AUGGCAAUUUCUCUUCUACCGUCCCACCCUCUUUCCCCUCAGCUUCCUCUGCCAAAACCCAGAAUUUCUUUUUCCAAACUAACUUCAAAACCCAUUUGUUUUUCUUCAUCUUACCUCAAACCCAUUGAAAGUAAGCCUUUCAGAACCCAAUUAGCAAAAACCCCAGCUCAAUUUUACUCUUUGAAGAAGGUUUUAAUGCAGGUAGGACGAACAGAACCCGAGAGGACUGAUUAUCUGGUGGGGGAAGAUUCUGCACAAUUCGACUUGUCGAAACAGAAGAUUUUGUCAUGGGUUUAUUUUAUUGGUGUUGCAGGAGUUGUAGCUUAUGUUCUUUAUGCGGCGUGGAUUGAUAGCUCCACUGGAUUUGGUAAACCCUUCAUUGAAGCUGUUUCGAGCAUUUCCGAGAGCCCUGAGGUUGUAAUGUUACUUCUUACCAUCAUUUUCGCGAUUGCUCAUAGUGGCUUAGCUAGUCUGAGAGACACAGGUGAAAAACUCAUUGGAGAACGUGCAUUCCGUGUAUUGUUUGCUGGAACAGCUGUUCCACUAGCUCUUAGUACAGUUGUUUAUUUCAUUAACCAUAGAUAUGAUGGUGUACAGUUAUGGCAACUACAGGGUGUUCCUGCAAUACAUGAACUUGUUUGGUUCUCUAAUUUUAUUUCAUUCUUUUUUCUGUACCCGUCAACCUUCAAUUUGCUGGAGGUUGCAGCUGUUGACAAGCCCAAAAUGCAUCUUUGGGAAACCGGAAUAAUGAGAAUUACGAGGCACCCACAGAUGGUUGGGCAAGUAAUUUGGUGCGUGGCUCAUACAGUUUGGAUUGGGAAUUCUGUUGCGGUAGCAGCUUCUGUGGGUUUGAUUGCACACCAUCUAUUUGGUGUAUGGAAUGGAGACAGGAGGUUGGCUAUACGACAUGGUGAGGCUUUUGAAGUUGUGAAAGCAAGAACAAGUGUCAUCCCAUUUGCAGCAAUUCUUGAUGGGCGCCAGAAGUUGCCAAAAGAUUAUUACAAAGAAUUUCUUCGACUACCAUAUCUAACAAUAACAGCAUUAACUUUAGGUGCAUAUUUUGCUCACCCACUUAUGCAGGCUGCCAGUUUUCGGCUUCAUUGGUAGCUCAUGCAAUUUCUUCCCAUUUGAGGUGCGUGUGCCAGCUUGUAUAUGCGUAUAUUAGAUGAGAGAUACUAUCGUUCUCUUGGAUUCUUAAUAAUGAAGUUAUAAAAUGAUCUUUUGCAUAGAAA